GACCAAAUAAUUAUCAUGGUCGUCACAUAUUUUAUCGAGCGAUCACUAUCUAAGAGAAUACGCCUCUUGCAACAAUCAAACCUCGAUUGUACUUGCCUAUAUGAUCAGCAGCAGAGGCAGGCGAAUGUUUGUCUUGAAUCAGCAGUGCUGCUCCAGUUAGUCCAGAUAUUUGCAGCUCCAGAGAUACGACAACCAAAGAUGGGCUCCUUUCAAUUGCUGAUCGCUUGUUUAGUGCUCGCAUUAGCUCCCACUUGGUCCUACGUCAUAAAAUAUGAAGAACCGUUGGAAGCACGGGAACCGAACGUCACCACGGUUGUCUUCGAGCUAUUCACACCAUUUAAUCCGACUCGACCUCAAAUUCUCGAGCUCGAUAACUUGGAAUCGCUUCAACAGUCCUACUUUGAUCCGUUAUUGCCGACAAAGAUCUUUGCCCAUGGCUGGAACGCUAAUCCAAGGUCGGCCUAUUCCACAAGAGAUGCUUACCUGACUCGAGAGUCAUGCAAUGUCAUAGCAGUUGAUUGGUCCGUAUUGGCUUCGGGUAUCGAAUAUCCUCUGAUUGUUGAACGCGACGUACCCCGAGCAGCGAUCCACACAGGACAAUUCAUUGACUUUCUCGUCAAGAAUACGGGAACGCCGUUUAGCUCCAUUCACUUGAUGGGCCAUAGCCUCGGGGCUCACGUCGCAGGCGGUGCAGGAGCGGCAGUCACUUUGGGAAGAGUGCCUCGCAUCACUGGUUUGGAUCCGGCUGGGCCUUUUUUCUCACUCAACGACACGGACACGCGAUUGGACCCGUCCGACGGUGACUUUGUCGAUAUCAUUCACACAAACGGAGGCACUUUACUGGGCGACGAGCUUGGUUUCUUACCACCAAUCGGGCACAUUGACUUUUAUCCCAACGGCGGUCAAUUCCAACCUGGUUGCUCUGCAUAUUUCCUUGGAUUGACAGCCCAGGGGAGAGGUGGUUGCGAUCACGGACGAUCGGUUACUUACUUUGCCGAAUCUAUCCUAAGUGACGUGGGAUUCCGAGCUGUUGAAUGCGCAACAGAGGAGGAUUUUGUUGCUGGACUGUGCGAUGAUAAUCAAGCCGUUCUCAUGGGCGAUCCAACUCCUUCAUCAGCUCGAGGCAUCUAUUACUUGGCGACGAGCGACACACCACCGUUCGCUUUGGGAUAAUAUCUAUUUACGUUUGAAAAACCAAAAUAGAAUCGUUGACUAAAAUUAUAUACCUUUUAGAAUGCAUAUGUUAGCAACUCAGUUCAAAUCAACUACAAAUAAACUAGUUUGAACCCGU